UUUUAAAGAGAGACGUGUCGUGUCAGUCGGCUGAAAGUCAAUUUUUCACAAAAUCGAAUUGCUGGAACUAAUGUAUGAAAAAACAUUUCUAUAAUAGUUUGCGGUGUUUUACGAUAAGAAGAUGCCGGCCGUAAGCUCCGUGAAGCCGGCCAAUGGCCCCAACAAGGGGUUGUUUAAUAAUACGACCGGCUUCAGUACUCUUAUCACUGUUACGGUUCUCACGUUGGCUUGGUUGGCCGGGUUUGCUUCUCGGCUUUUCGCUGUUAUACGGUUUGAAAGUAUUAUUCACGAGUUUGACCCAUGGUUCAACUACCGAUCUACCGCUUAUAUGGUACAGCACGGGUUUUACAACUUUUUGAAUUGGUUUGACGAGCGAGCAUGGUACCCCUUGGGGCGCAUUGUGGGCGGUACCGUGUACCCGGGCCUUAUGAUCACUUCAGGGACCAUACACUGGAUCCUUCACACAUUGAAUAUCCCCAUUCAUAUAAGAGAUAUUUGUGUGUUUCUAGCUCCGGUUUUCAGUGGCCUGACAGCCAUAGCAACAUAUCUGCUAACAUCUGAGCUAUGGUCCCGCGGAGCCGGUCUUUUUGCAGCCUGCUUCAUUGCUAUCAUCCCUGGCUACAGCAGCCGGUCCGUAGCUGGCAGUUACGACAAUGAGGGAAUUGCAAUUUUUGCUCUGCAGUUCACUUACUAUCUUUGGCUGAAGAGUGUGAAGAGUGGUUCCAUUUUCUGGUCUAUCUGCACUGCUAUUUCUUACUUUUACAUGGUAUCAGCAUGGGGUGGCUAUGUGUUCAUCAUCAACCUGAUUCCCCUGCAUGUGUUUGUGCUGCUCAUCAUGGGCCGGUUCUCACAGAGGCUGUUUGUCAGCUACUCUGUCUUCUACAUAGUAGGCCUGCUGAUGUCAAUGCAGAUCCCGUUUGUUGGUUUCCAGCCCAUACGGACUAGUGAACAUAUGGCUGCUUCAGGUGUGUUCGCCCUCAUGAUGGCGGUCGGCGCCCUCAAAUACCUGCACCUGCUGAGUCCCAAGGGCCAGUUUAAGCAGCUGCUGAUAGUCGGUGGACUGGUCGCCGCCGCGCUAGUGUUCUUGGCCGUGGUGGCGUUGACCUACAUGGGCGUUAUCGCUCCGUGGAGUGGACGGUUCUACUCGCUAUGGGACACAGGCUACGCCAAGAUCCACAUCCCGAUCAUCGCGUCCGUGUCCGAGCACCAGCCGACCACUUGGUCCUCAUUCUUCUUCGACCUCCACGUGCUGGUCUGCACAUUCCCUGUGGGCCUGUGGUAUUGCAUCAAGAAUGUCAACGAUGAGAGAGUGUUUGUGGCGCUGUACGCCCUUAGCGCCGUAUACUUCGCGGGUGUGAUGGUGCGACUGAUGUUGACCCUGACGCCGGUCGUGUGCGUGCUGGCCGGCAUCGCGUUCUCCAUACUACUGGACCUCGUGUUACGUGAGGAUGAGCUGCCCGUCGCGCCCUCCGACUCGGAUGAGAAGAACCUCUAUGAUAAGGCGGGCAAGCUGAAGAAGCGUACGCUGGAGCCGACCCCCCCGGCGGACUCGGGGCUCGGCAUGAACGUGCGCUCCGGCACGCUGAUCGCGUUCAUGAUCCUGCUCAUGCUGUUCUCCGUGCACUGCACCUGGGCCACCUCCAACGCCUACUCCAGCCCGAGCAUCGUGCUGGCCAGCUACGGGAACGACGGAUCACGCAAAAUCCUGGAUGAUUUCCGCGAAGCUUACGGUUGGCUAUCACAGAACACUGCUGAAGACGCGAGAGUCAUGUCUUGGUGGGAUUAUGGUUACCAGAUAGCGGGAAUGGGAAAUAGAACAACUCUAGUCGAUAACAACACUUGGAAUAAUUCCCACAUUGCGCUCGUCGGCAAGGCCAUGGCGAGUAAUGAAAGCGCCGCCUACGAAAUAAUGACCAUGUUGGAUGUAGACUACGUUCUCGUGAUAUUUGGCGGCGCUAUCGGCUACUCCGGCGAUGACAUCAACAAGUUCAUAUGGAUGGUCAGGAUCGCAGAAGGAGAGCACCCUAAGGAUAUUCAUGAAGCGGACUAUUUUACAGAGAGAGGGGAAUACCGAAUAGAUUCUGAAGCAUCGAAAACGAUGUUAAAUUGUUUAAUGUACAAGUUAUCAUAUUAUAGAUACGACAGCGGCGGAAGCCCGCCGGGCUACGACAGGACGCGCGGCGCGCUGCCCGGCCACCGCGGCUUCCGCCUGACCUACCUGGAGGAGGCCUACACCACCGAGCACUGGCUCGUGAGGAUAUACAGGGUUAAAAAACCGGACGAAUUCAAUCGUCCGCGACUGCCAUUAGCGAAGAGGACGAUUUCUACAUCCAGUGGUUUGUCCAAAAAGCAACCGCUAUCAGUAGGAGAGUCCGAUACGACUUCACGAAGAAGAAAAGGUCUUCUAAAGAAUAAGCCCACGGUCGUGAAGGGCAAGAAGAUAAGCCGGCUGGAGUGACGCGGCGCUCGUCGCAACACGAGGUCGUGACUCCGCAUCAGUGGUAAUCUUGCAACCUCUAUAUCGUCUUGCAAUCCCUUUAACUUCAAUAUUUACGUAUCAGAACGAACCGAGUGAUCUUUGAAUUGCCCUUAUGUCGAAACCACCUUCAUUGAAACGCUUUAAUGCAUAAUAAUGUUUUACAAGGUAACGUAUGACGGAGUUCUCGAUUGCUCGGUUUCUGCAUAUUUAUAUUUAAUAGAUUUAGAAUCCGUUUAGUUAUCAAUCUAUCUCAAGUCAUAUAUGUGAUUUGUGAAUUCGAAAGUAUGGUCGUAUUUGUCUCAUUGCGAUUACAAUAUUAUGUAUGUAAUAAUUAUUUUGAUCUACUUCCCUUGUUUUCGAAGACAAUAAGUAUGUUCACCAAUAAUGUAACGUGUAAUGUAUUGUAUAAUGUUCGACGGUCUAGUUGUAUUUUAGGAGAGAUAGAUUCAAGAUAGAGAUUCAAUAAUUUUGUUACUGAGAUUAGAAGGAAAAACAUUGAAGAUUAAUGUUAACUCGAAUUACUUUUAGGCAUCAUUCUGGGCUAGUUAGUAUAGUUCCUUCUUAUGUAAUGCGGAUUGCGUGGGCGACAUUAUUAGAGUUAGGGUGUUUUGAGGCCUACUACGCGAGAUGAAUAAUUAUGUAAUGGUGCUCUCACAUUGGCUGUUAUAUAGUGUUAAGUUAUAUAACAUUGUGUGACAGGGACAACAUGGUGUUUUAUUAUGUUGUCCCUCUCAUGCACUGUUGUUAACAUUUUAUAACAGCCAAUGUGGGAGCACCAUAGAUAAUACCCCAUACAAAUACAUACAUUUUAAAAUUAAUCUGCUAAAAUGUAAUCGUACUCGCGCAGUGUACACCUCAAAGACACCUCGUAAGAUGUAUUCCGGUUACGGCGUGUGCCACGAGACCUUACCACUGGUGUAGCCAAUGUUUGACUGACACCAAUUAUAUAUUUACUUAGUCCAUUAGAUAAAUAUUUCUUAAUAUUUUAAUACUUCGUUAAUAUUUGAUUUCGGCACUGAGUGCGUAUGUCACGUUUUCAGGGCACGAUGUGGUAACAAUGGGUAUAAUGUGUUUGAGUUUCUAAAGCAUUUGGUGCUAAAGCUGCAUUUACUCGAGUGGGACACCAGAAAUGAUUUGUGUCAUUUUUUAUUCACAUAAACUUUUCUUUUCCUCUGUCCAAAUUAAUUGUACAGUCAGCAAUACUAUUACCUUAGCACCUUUCCAUACAAACUUUUAUUCAGGGAGGGUACCUUUUCUCCGCAGCUGACUGUACAACGGAUUGCAAAAGAGGAAUCCAGAUAUUCCAGAUAUCUUAAAUAAAUGAAAUAGACCACGAAGCGCGUAUGUGUAUACUCAUUCUGAGUAUUAUAUUCGACCCUCUCGACUUACUCGGCCUACUGCCAUGGUUUGGGCUUACACGUUAAAUUAGCCAAUGCUAUAUGUUUAUUUAUUAGGUGACUAUUGUAUGAAUAUGUUUGAAGUGUUGUUUUUAUUUUAUCCUCUAAAUCACAUCGUGUCGCGUCCGAUCUGUGAACUUAACAAUAACCGACGAGUGCACGUGUGAACAUAUCCUUAGAUCAGUCUUAUUUGUUGUAAUAAUCAGUAGUUCUAAUAAACUACAGAAGGCACUCGGCUCUGCGGGCAGGGGCUCGCUCAUACAGUGAUGUUUAAUACGAGUGGGGCACGAAUUGCUCGUAUUACCCGACGUAAAUUUUACCAAUUGAAUGGAAACAAAUUCGUUGUCGUAGGCGCCCUUUGAUCGGACGCAUGGCUAUUUAACGAUCUUUGAAUUAAGUAAUUUUAUUUUGAGUUGAUAUUUAAAACAUAUUAGGAACACCUAUUUAAACAUACUGUGCGAGCGAGACGUAACAUCGGACGCUUUGAAAACUUAACGAUCUAUAGUGAGAACGUCAGCAGUUCAAAAUAAAUUAUGUAUUUAUGUAUGUCAUUACUAAGAACGUCCAUUUGUAAUAUUUAUAUAAUGAUCGAUAAAUAGUUUACAUUAUAAUUAGUGUUUAUUAUAA